GUUUUGGUUUUGAAAUUAUGACUCAUUUUGUGAACAAUUAAUACAUCUUUUGAUUGCAAUUAACACUCAAUUAUCACUCAUUUGAUCCCAAGAAUGGAUACUCAGGAAGAGAUGGUCGACGUUGUGGUUCACGACAAUCAAAUGCCACAAAUGUAUGCAAAAGACUCUUUGGACCGAUUCGGUGAUGAUAUGUGUGAACACAUACUCUCUUACCUCACACUCGAAGACCGGAUCCGAUGUGAAUGUGUGUCCAAACAGUGGCAGCGAUUGGUGUACAGCAAUGUCCGGCACAUCACUAUCACUGCUCACCUGAUGUCACGAAACGAAAGCGACGGCUAUUUCUACGACAAGAAGAUCGUCGCCAUUAUGAAGAAGUGCCCAAACAUUGAGUCCAUUGACUGCCGGCCCGUCUGGAACUGUCGUAUCGUCGAGACUAUCAUUGAAUUGCGAGACAAUUGGCGGCGUUUGCGACGACUUGACUGCCAUUUCUUGGCGUUCGGCAAAGAUAUCGUCGACUAUUGGUUCCGAGCGAUCGGUUCAAUGGUCACCGAAUUGGAUCUCAAGGGACGCACAGACUCGCGACGAUUGUUAUCAUUGUGUCCGCAAUUGUUGCGCUUAAAUGUCGACUCCCUGUCCCACGUGUUCACCGAAUCGGUGGACAAACAGCUGUUGGCGAAGAACUUACGACACUUCGGAUUCGCGUUACGCUUAGACACCGAUUUCGAUGUCUCAAUGUUUGACACAUUUGUGGCACACAAUCAGUCGCUGAGGUCUCUGUCGGUCACAAUAAUCCCGAAUAACAUUAUCACUGAAUUCGUGACACGAGUCACACGUUUACCACAAUUGCGUGAACUUAAGCUCAAAACAGAGGUUAACACCGAGUACUCAAUCAGUGAUUGUUUGCGUGAAGUCGCCAUAAAGUGUCCGAAACUCAAGAAACUUGGUCUCGAAGUGAUUUAUACCACACAAACACCACAACUGAGUGUCGAUGUCUUGAAUGCCAUACCAGUUAUGAAGCGAUUGAAGCGAUUGGACUUAAAUCUGAAUACUUUCCGGAGAAUAGAUUGGCGAGCAUUUCAUGGUAUGAAUGAAUGGCCCAAAAGGUUCACUCACUUAUCGCUGCACUUAUGGCUCAAUGAAUACAAUCUGUUUCAACAAAUUGAGACAAAUCUGUGA